AUGCCCACAGUGGCAACUAACUCCACACUCCUUUCGCUUCCAGAUGAGAUCAUUAUUGAGAUUUUAAUUAACUGUCCCAUCAAAACUGUCCUUCGGGUUGAAAGAACCUGCAGGAGCCUCCACCAAGUAUGUCAGUCCCGGCCAGUCUGGAAGGCACUCUUGGAGGGGCUUGACAUUGAACAUGCGCCAAGCGUCAACCCUUUUGAACCCUUAGAUGCCGUUCCUGUACCCGAUCUUAAACAGACUGUCAUAAGCGCUAUACGUAAGCAUCGCAAUUGGAGAGAUCCAAGACAGGUCCACGACAUGUUUGUCGUCGACCUCCCGCUUGAUCGGUCACCAGAAGGUUGGGAUGUCAUCGUUGAGCCUCGCCUUCUUCCAAGCGGGAAAGAGAUACUGGUCCUAAAUUGCGGGAUGAUCGAGCUGUGGUCACUCGAAACUAAGGAACGACUUUGGGCACUGACAUCUCCCAUGGGCCGGUCCAGCUGCGCUGGGUAUGAUUUCGAAGUCACUAAUGGUGGAACUACGCUAGUCACGGCGCUUUUGUUUGAAGAUUUUGAGUUGUCCACCACGAGCCCUCUGCGCGUGUACUCCUAUGACUUUACAAAUAAGACCCAUACGCUAAUGUUCGAACGUGUCCUGCCGCCAGUAUUUCUGUUCCGCAUGAUGAUCCGGGGUGACUACUUCAUUGGAUGUAUACCUCGUACUUUCCAAACGGUUGUCAUCAAUUGGAAGUCUGGCGAAGCACUCUUGCUCGACUUUGUUGACACGAUGGGCAACAGGAUCGAUCCACGAAGUACUGUCCUCGCCGAUGACAACCUCAUUGCCUUCGUGACUCUUGCAGAGGACGGGUUCGCUGCAAUCAGGCUGCCACUCUCCGCGCUCAACGGCAAAUGGUCAAAGGCCCCAGACCACACGUCUUGGCCUCAUGUGUCAGUUCGUCCAUCAGAACUAGGCUCGACAGUGCUCCUUCUCCCAUAUCCAGGCCAGGAAGAAAGAGUUAUUAACAGGAACGACGGACUUGGACCUUGGAUAUUGGCGCAUCGUGUUUAUAAGCCGACGUGGAAGCCGAAUGCUCCGACGGAAAUCUUCAUUGCUGCGUAUGAUUUUGGGCCGGGUGGACAAACCCCUACACGUCUCGUUUCAUUCCGUCUCCAACUCUCACGUUCUUCAAGCUCAUCGCCGACAGAGCGCGUACUUUCACUAGUCAAGUCCUCAUGUGCACAAGCAUCACAGUUACCCUGGAAUUCUCGAAGUCUCUCGAAUGCUGGACGGAUGUUCUCACUUCGCUCGAAGAUAAGGUGUUUCUCGCUGUUCACUGAUGCUACACAGCCGAUGAACGAAUUGAACCUGAACAAGGAUAUCGUUCCGUGUGCGGAUGAGAUCGAGCCUGUUAUUUCUUCUGUAGAGCCGUGGAGUGGCGCGAUCGCAAUUGGCAUGCCUGGCAUGGUGAAGGUGAUCAACUUUUUGUGA